AUGAUAGACGAUGAAUUGGAUAAGUUUUCAUCGAACGUAUUUAAAUUUCUCGGCAUCGACAAAGAAGUAAAAGGUCUACUAGUGAAGAAACAUUCGAACAAUUUACAAAUACUCGGUGAUUACAGUUUCCCAAACACAGUGAAAUCUUGGAGCGAAUUAUUAAACAGUAAAGUGUUACAAAAUGUUACUGAAACUCUGCUGCAAUAUUUAAAAAAAGACAUUGAUAGUUUGUUACAAGAGUCUAAAAGUUGGGCACUACCAAUAAAAAAGGUUAUAGAAAUUAAAGAUCGUGUACACAUAUUUUUAGAAAGACCGCUAGCUAUUAGAACGGCUCUCUCACAAUCUAUUAUAACAAAUGAAAAUAUAUUAAAUAACCUUAACAAAGGGACAUCUUUAGUGGAACAUGAGAGUUUAAAUUCAAGUUGUAUAACAUCACUACGGUUAAGAUAUACAGUGAAAGUUAUAAAGAACCUUUAUCUUCUAAAUGAAAAAUGCUCAGAUAUCAAGCCAAAGGUGUUUGUAACAACUAGAUCUACUAGUAAAUGUGAAGAAAGUAGAGUUAUUCUAUGUGGAGCUGUAUUAAAUGCAAAAACAGGUACUAAAGAGAGCAGUAUAAGUGCAGAGGAAUUGAUAAGUAUUCGUCAAGAUGAGCUGACUCUUAUUGCCCAACACAAGUAUGGUGUCAGGGUAUCAACUGAUUCAAAAUGGAAGGAAUUUAUUGCACACCUUGGGGAGUCAGCAGUGGCAUUUGAACUUCUCCAAAUUAGGCCUUCUAGUUCUAUUAAAAUACAAUUUGAUGCGUCUAGUGGGUCUAGUAAAGGUGUGGCAUUUAUCUUGUACAAUUGUGCAAGACUGGAAACUAUAAUUAGAACAUUUAAUGAGAAAGUAAAUGAAGGCAGUUAUCCAUUAUUACCAGAUUUAGAUGAAAUUCAAAUUUCACUAUUGACACAUGAGGAUGAAUGGUGCCUUGUUUUCAACUAUAUUCUGGGUCUGCCAGCUCUAUUAAAGAUCUGCGUGGAAGUAAGCAACGAGAGGUGUGAAUUUAGACCACAUCUAAUAUGUGCCUAUCUCAGCUCAAUGGUCAAAGUGUUCAGCCAAUACUACCGAAAAGUCAGAAUUUUAACUGAACCGAGAAAGCAUCUUCUACCAGUAAUGUUUGCGAGAAUUUACAUGUUAAAGUCGUUAAACGAUACAUUAAAAACCUGUUUAAGAAUAUUGAAUAUUAAAAGUGUUUCACAAAUGUACUUCUACUUUCUUUUACGAUCCCUUAUUUUGCGUGUAUGA